AUGGAUGGCCCGAGCCGCCAGCUAGGUGCGGGGCGCCUCUCGACACCGACUGGCGUCUUGCGGUGCGCGUGCGCGUGCGCGUUAACUGCUGCGACCCGCCUCCGCUGGCUUUGCAGCGGCGCCGCCUGCCGCCCGCUGCGGUCCCGCGCGGCGCGCGCGCCCCAUUGCGGCUCCUCCCUCGUCGCCGCGUGCCGCCUCCUCUCCCGCGCCUCCGCUGACGCAGACGCUCCGCCGCUGCCGCCGCCGCCGGAGCCCGUCGCGGCCCUCAGCAAGUGCGCCAAGGGGUGCGCGGCCGCCCUUCCCCACCGCGGCCCUCCGCGCCCGCGCUGCCCGCCUGCCGGCGCGGACCUCGCCUGCGCUCCCGGCCGCUCCCUGCCGCCGCCGCACCAUGCGCCUCCAGCGGCGCCGGCCGUGCUCCCAUGCGCCGAGCACGUCGAGGUCACCUCCCGGGCGGUGGAGGCGGCGCCGGCCAAGGAGAGCGCCGCGCCGGGGCCGAGGACCGUCAGGGUCUUCUACGACGACUACGACGCCACGGACUCGUCCGGCGACGACGAGGACGCGGAGGCCGCUGCCGCCGCUGCGCGCCGGAGGGUGAAGCGCUACGUGCAGGAGAUCCGCCUGGAGCGCGCGGUGAAGGAGGCGCCGCCUGCCGGGCCGCGGCGUCCUCGGCAGCCGCAGCCACGUCCUUGGCGAGGGUGA